GCCCGAGUGCCACGCAUGCGCACCGCAAGCCAGCGCCAUGUUGGGUCAGUUUGAAAGCGAGCGCGGGCGUCUCCCUCGGCUGUGACGGCGGAGGAAUGUGCUAGCGAGACGAACCUGAGGCUGGGCGGCGUCCAGGUAGCAGAAACCUCUGGCCACUCGUUUAACAUUCUGUCCGUCAGAAUGAUGGGUUUCCUUUUAGAGAUACAAACGGAAGUGUUUACGGAAGAAAUGUUGAUUUUAAGAGAAAUGAAUAGAAAUAACCUAUUUUGAGGAAGCCAUGGCAGAGUCAAAUAUAAAACACAGAGCUUGUUCUCGGGAAUCUUCAGUAUCUUCUCUGUUAGCAAGCUGCAGCCUGAGUGGUAGUAAUUCCACUAAUUCUGAUGGCUCUUUUCAGUAUAAGGAUAAACUGUACAGUUCAGCAUCUCAGGCUCUGCAGGCCUAUAUUGAUGAUUUUGAUCUAAGCCAAAUGUAUCCGGGUGCAGGCACUGGAAAGAUUAACAUUGAUAAAUGUUCUGCUAAUAUGCCAGAAUUCUCCAACUAUAUUUAUAAACCAAACAAUGCUUUUGAAAAUCUUGAUGACAAGAAAAGCUCCUUGUCCUUAUACUCAAGAGAACAUACUCUUAAUGACAUAGACUCCAUAAGCCUAACAACAGAUGAUCUAUUAAGACUUCCAGCAGAUGGAUCAUUUCCUUUCACUUAUAUUGGAUCAGGCCAUGGAAUUAGCAAGAAAAGCAAGAAACGCAUUGGAAGACUCAAUUCAUCAGUCAGUGAAAAGAAUCAAAAUUUUCAAGAACCCUCCACUUUCAUGGGCAAAGAUAACUUAGUUACUCCAGUUGUAUACACAAAUGUAAAUGGAAAGCAAUGCGGUAGGCUGAAAAACCCAAAACUUGUGAAUAAGGCUAAUAAAUGUGUUUCUGUACCAUCUUUAUAUUUUUCCAAGAAAUCAUCUUUUAGGGACAGUUCAGAACACAGUCUUGAAAAGAAUUACCCAAGAUGGCUAACUAGCCAGAAAUCGGACCUUAAUGUUUCAGGGAUAACUAGUAUACCUGAUUUCAAAUACCCAGUCUGGCUCUACAAUCAAGACUUACUACCUGAUACAAAUAGUCAAAGGAUUUCUAAAAUAUUUGAAGAAGAUCAGUAUUCCCCUAGACAUAGUUACCAGGCACAAAGAACUUCUCGGCUAAUGAAUAAAUUAGGUUGCUUUGAAUAUUCUUUUGAACCCUCAAACAUUUCGCAUUCCUUGAGUGAUAAAAGAUUAGUUAAUGAAUAUAGAUGUGAUUGUGAACAUAGCCAGUGUCAGUGUGAGAAUCCACUUCUCCCAGGAUCCAAAAAGCCAUUCAGUGGUGACAAAAUUGAAUUGCUUAUCCUGAAGGCCAAGAGCAAUCUAGAGCAUUGUACUGAAGAAUUACCGAAGUCUAUGAAAAAGGAUGAUAGUCCUUGCUCAUUAGAUAAACUUGAAGCAGAAAGAUCAUGGGAAAAUAUUCCUGUCACUUUCAAAUCUCCUGUUCCUGUUAAUUCUGAUGAUAGUCCUCAACAAACUUCAAAGGCAAAAUAUGCUAAAGAAUUCCUUGAAGACUUUUUAAAUAAUGAUAAUCAGAGCUGUACUCUCUCUGGAGGGAAGCAUCAUGGUCCAGUUGAAGCCCUGAAGCAAAUGUUAUUUAAUCUUCAAGCAGUGCAAGAAAGUUUUAGUCAGAAUAAAACCACAGAGCCGAAGGGAGAGAUUAAACAAGUUUCAGAAGAUGAUUUCUCUAAAUUACAACUGAAGGAAAGUAUGGUUCCUAUUACUAGGUCACUUCAAAAAAUUUACUUAGGAUUCUCUUGAUGGUGGAAAAGUGAAACUUUUGAUUCUGAUUGUCAUGAUGUAUAUGUGUUUUUUUGUUUUCAUAGUUCAAAAAUAUAUAUGAUUUUUUUCCUCCUUUACUUAGUCUAUAGCAUUCUGGAUGGAGAUAAUGCCUCUUUCUUUGUAGCUUGCCAUAGUACUUGGUUAUAGUGUUUUAUAUCUAGUAGGAUUCAGUGAAUAAUUAUACUAAUAACUAACAUUUAUUGAAUAUUACAAAGUAUUAGUGUUCAUAGUGCUAUUGUAUGUAAUUCUUGUGAUCUUCACAACCCUAUGAGGUAAGUAUUAUUAUUAUCUUUAUAAUGCAGAUCAAUUAAUAAAAAUCAAGUAACAAAGUAACUUGCCAAAAGUUACCACUGGGAGGGAUUCAAGCCAGACAAUCUGAUUGUACAGCCUGUGUUCCUAACAUUUUGCUCAUUAAUGAUAGUGGUGUGUUAUACUUUUAGAACAGGUGCAAUGCCUCAAUAGAUUAUCUAGGGUAAAGACCUCAUUCUGCUUUAAAAUUUGAAGUAAACGACCUCAAGCUUUCCAUGGUUGUUGAAAACAUUGGUAUUGAACUUGUGUCACAGGCUUUUUUUAAAUGUGUUUUCAAGCUAAAGUACAUACCCUGGAAGAUGUUUUUCUUGGUACAAAUAAAUGAAUCCUGGGCCAUAAGUAAUUAAAUGAGCACAAAAAUUGUUACCAAUUAUGGGUGCAAAAUUUUAGCAUUUUCUAUAAUUUUUUUCAUAGUAGUAACCUUUUCUUAACAUACAAUCAGUAAUCUUGCCUUCACAUAGAAUAGAUUCAUAUUUUGUUAAAUGGCUUUUAGCUGUUGAUCUGUUGGAUUAGCUGAAGCAAUUUUAAUUUGGCUUUACUUUACAUUUCAAAGGUAUUAGCAAUAAGGCAUUUGUGCUCUUAUGAAGUAAGUUUAUACUUACAAAAGCAUGUUAGUACUUUUUUCCCCCAUUAUUUUCAGUCAUUAGAUUGACAAUUUAAAAAUAAUUAAAUUUCAGAAUUCCUCUUUCUAGACUGGGAAAUCAUUCUGGUUAGGAUUACGGUCAUUUUUUCAGAUUUUUUAAAAAAAUAGACUCAAUUUCUUUAGAAGUUACAGAUGGUGCUUUAAUUGUGCUUUAAUGAACUUUCCUGGGGCUUAAGACCUAUUAUGUUUCUCCCCGGUCCUCAUAUAACUGUUUUUUCUUUUUGACAGUUUGGAUUGCAAACUAGUUUUAAAAUAUCUUUCGUUAGUCUUAGGAAACUCCACAAUCUCAGUAUGGGUUUGUUUAGUCCCUUGGAUGCUCAGUUUGCUUAUGUUCUCGCAUUAGAAAUAACUGAGAAAGAGUCAUUGGACCUGAAGUAUAAAUGACUUACAGCAUCUUAAAAAGUUAUUUUUUUUCCAGAGGGAUUUUGUUUUUAAUAGAAAUCAAAGUUGUAAUUGUUUUAUAUCCCUAUAAUAUUUAGCUGUGUCUUAUGCAUUUACAUGUUAAAAUUUUUGUCUUUAAUGAAAAGUUUGUAGGUUUUGAGCUAAGGCCUUUUCUAGAAUCUCUUAUUAUGUCAUAUAAGCCUAGGCUGGUUGUAAAGAAUGAGUACUUGCGUAUUGAUCGUGUACUAUAAAGGUGAGCAAUAAAUGGUUACAGAAUCAUGAAUUAUACAAAAAUAAUUUGUUUUUGGCUUCAGAAUAUGUUGUUUUAUAUAUAAUUUGGAGAUGAAUGUGUAAGAUUUAUAAGUCUCAAUACUAAAUGUCAUUGGUGAAGACCAAACUUAAUAAUAGCUAGAAAGUUGUCUUGUUUCUCAGAUCUCUUUUCCUGCUCAAUUUUCUGGACUUCUCUUUAUAGCAGGGAUAGAAUUAGCUCUCAGACUUGUAAAAUCCAACCCUAAAGCAAAUAUUUUUUCUUUAUUUGGAUGCACUUAUACUUUACCUAGAUCUCAGAAGUGGUAGACAGUUUGUUCUGAAAAGCCACUCAUUUAGUUCUUGCUAGAUAUGAGGCUGAAUAUAGGCCAGUAGGUACAGUAUUUAUAAGAACAGCCAGUAUAGUAGUACUUAUAGAAAAACAUGUAAGAUAUCAAUGAGUGAUUUAAAAUAUAGCUGAAUUGCCAUCACAUAA